AUGCCGUAUGGUGGCAGCUGCCGCGGGAGCAUUGGUGGAGUUGCUGGUGUGGGGGCCGACUGGAACAAGGAGUGGACCAAGGGAGAGAAGGAGACAGAGGAAGACUCCGCCGACCUCCAUAGAUUCGCCAUUGAGCACGGUUUAUGGACUCCUGACCCACGUGUGUUGCUGGGCCCCUACGAGGAAGAAGCACCCAGAAGGCUAACCAACGCCCGCUUCCUGACCGCUAACAACACCAUAACUACCGUCCAGGUCGGUGCCAACGCGGCACUCCGGUGUCAAAUCAACGAUGUUGCUGAACACGAGACGGUGUCGUGGAUCAGACGACGCGAUCAUCACCUCAUCACUCUUGGAAGUCAGACCUACAGCAACGAUGAUCGCUUCCACGUCUCUCAUUCCCCGCCUUUCAAGGUCACCCCGGGCAAGGGCAAGGAGUGGACACUACACAUCAAGUACGCCCAGACAAGGGACUCGGGUCUCUACGAGUGUCAGCUGUCCGCCCACCCGCCCAUGGGUAUACUGGCCAACCUCAUGGUUAUACAGGCAGUGUCAGAGAUAACAGGGGGAGGUGACCUCUACGCCCAGGAGGGCAGCGACGUGACCCUCCUAUGUCGGCUCAGGAACUACACGGAGCCACCAACCUAUGUGUUCUGGUAUCAUGCAGACCAGAUGAUCAACUACGACGCCGACAGGCAGGUUAGUGUUGUGAGUCGUGGAGGAGAGAGUGAACUGAGACUGGCUAAAGUCUCCCUCGCGGCCUCUGGAAACUACACAUGCGUUCCUGCUAACGCCAGACCUUCCUCUAUAACCCUCCAUGUUAUCACAGGUGAGGCACCGGCAGCCAUGCAGCGGGCAGCGGCACCUCCCCUACACAGCGCUUACACCGUGGCACUGGCUGCUGGCACUAUUGUUAUACUGAGUUUGUGAAUCUAUAGGUGGUGCCAGAAGGUGCCAAAUGGUGUCAAGUAAUACCACGUGACACCAGGCAGUGACGGGGAGUGGUGAUGGUGGUGGUUUUGGUGGUGGUUGCAAGUAUUGUUAGGUGGUUAUUGGCCGUAAUAUGCAUUGCCAUAUUGCACAAAGUAAUGCCCCUUAUGGUGCCAGAUAAGGCCUAAUGGUAGCAUUGAUUGUAAACAGCUGACAAUUAAGACAGUACCAAGAUGUGGUAGAUUGUAAAAUACGGCGCCAAAGUGGUAACAGACAUCAAGACCGAUUGUGCCAAUUAGCAAACAAUUAUUCCAAUUAGCCUGAAACUGUACCAGGUGACGUCAGAGGGUCAAGUGAAGUCUUAGGCAAAGCAAUAUGAUAUCAAGUGACUGCACUCAGUGGAAGGAGCUCAAAGUAUACAUGUGAUUCAUGGUGUACAAAUUCCCAGGUGUACAGGACAAGUUAUACAGGUGAACAGGUGUAUAGGGGUUAAUUAAUUGCACUGUAUGAAAACAAGUAUAUCAGUUCAGGUGUGUGGGAUUGUAUGUGUUCAUAUA